ACGUUCUCCAUCUCUUUGGUCAGACUGUGUGCGUUCAGUGUUUGGUUGAGAAUUUGUUAAUAAUCGCCUGGGAUCAGUUUUUGGUGAGUUCUUCCGGGAUAACUGCAGCCGGACGGACAGCAGAGGCUUCCACUUCGCUUUUAUUCAAUUCAAUUGUGACUGAUUGGAUUGCUCUGUUUUUAUUGGAUAAAGGAAAUAUCGAAUUUUCAAGAUGCUGAUACAACCGACCGAGGAAAUGUCCAAGCUCAUCAGAGUUGAACUCAAUGAGAAUGUGGAGACUAGAGACAAGGACGUACAGAUUAUCAAAGAGUGGCUGAAAAAGCAGCCGCAUUUGCCGGAUUCUUUUGAUGAUUACAGACUAAUGACCUUCUUGAGGGGUUGUAAAUUCUCCUUGGAGAAAUGUAAAAAGAAAUUAGACAUGUAUUUUACGAUGAGAGGAGCGGCUCCAGAAUUUUUCAGCAAUCGGGAUAUCACGACUCCCGAGAUGAGGGAUCUCGCAACGCUUAUUCAAAUUCCACCACUGCCUGGUCUCACGAAGAACGGCCGCCGUGUGAUAAUAAUGCGCGGAUUAGAUAAGAAUCUCCCAACCCCCAACGUCGCCGAGGCCAUGAAACUCGUCAUGAUGAUAGGAGAUGUACGUCUGAAGGAGGAGCUCGUUGGCGUAGCUGGGGAUGUAUACAUCCUCGACGCAGCUGUCGCAACAGCCUCGCACUUUGCCAAGUUCACGCCUAGUCUUGUUAAGAAAUUCCUCGUUUGCGUGCAAGAGGCUUAUCCAGUGAAGCUCAAGGAGAUUCACGUGAUUAAUGUCAGCCCCUUGGUGGAUUCCAUUGUUAAUUUCGUCAAGCCUUUCCUCAAGGAGAAAAUUAGGAACCGUAUCUUCAUGCACAGCGAUAUUAAUACUCUUUAUGAUUACAUACCGAGGGAAAUUCUACCCACGGAGUACGGAGGUGACGCUGGAUCCAUUAUUACAAUCAAUGAAACUUGGAUGAAGAAAUUAGAAGACUACAGGCCAUGGUUCAAGGAGCAAGAGACAGUUAAAUCUAACGAAGCAUUGAGACUCGGCAAGCCAAAGACUCAGGACGAUCUAUUCGGAAUUGACGGAUCAUUCCGUCAACUCUCGUUCGAUUGAACAAUUAUCCAGCAACAAUAGAGUAUUUGUUAGGCGUGAUGUGACAAAAAUUCAAAGCUAUAAAUCGUUUUUAUAUUUCAU